GUCACGUCUAUUUAUAAUAAUAAUACAGAACUCAUCGGCGAAAGAACGAUUGGUAGCUGCGCGUUUCUCGUCUACUUCUUGCGCCAAGAAAGAAGAGAGAGAGAGGCGAGAGCUGUGGAAAAAAAAAUCUAAAACGCUAACCCUAAGUCUUGACCUCUGCGGCCAUGGCUUCUGGUGGAUCUUCUGGGAGAGCUGGCUUGGGCUCCCAAUCGUUUGAUUUCGGAUCCGAUGAUGUUCUCUGUUCUUAUGACGACUACGCCGCCCAGGAUAACUCCAAUGGGAAGCGAUCGGAUCCCCCGAGGAAGGAUUUCCAUGAAAUGGGAAGACCGUUGGUUAAUAUUUAUGAGCAGGAGGAUUAUUCCAAGGAGGAGAUGAUAGCUGCUGUUGAGAAGUGCAUGAAGAAAUAUGCUGAUAAUGUACUCCGGUUUCUUGAGGGAAUUAGUGGGCGCCUGUCACAGCUGGACUUACAUUGCUACAAGAUUGAGCGUUCAAUAGGUGAAUUUCGAUCAGAUGUUAUUCGGGAUCAGAAUGAGGCAGAAAUGAAGUUCAAGUCUCUUGAGAAGCAUCUCCAAGAAGUCCAAAGAUCUGUACAAAUUAUGAGGGACAAACAAGAACUUGCCGAGGCUCAGAAAGAACUGGCCAAACUGCAACUUGGACAUAAAGAGUCUACACAAAAGAAUGAAGAGGUUGUUAUUCCGUCAUCCUCUGAGACCAAACAGCAUGAUGACAAGCCAGAUGUGGCGAACCGACAGUUGGCUCUUGCUCUGCCUCACCAAACAGUCACUCAAGCAUCUGCAUUGCUUCCCAUGCAUCAGCCAGCACCUGUGCAACAAGGUCGCUAUAUAUUGAACCAAUCAGGCACAUACUACCCGCAGCGCCAACCUUUGCAUCAAGAUCAACACAGCCAACCAUUACAACCUGAGCUACAAUAUGUGCAACAGAGACCCCAAAUUCAGGAUUUUCCUGUCCAGGCCCCACAGCAGCAGCCUCAAAUAGUAAAUCAGACUCAGCAGCCAUACCCUCAGUAUCAGCAGCAAUGGCCUCAGCAGGCUCAUCAGUUUUCACAACAGGUGGUGCAACCACCAAAACCUGUUUCGCAGGCGCAGGCUGGACCUCAAGCUCCACCACACUCUUAUCCUCCCUGCCCGCCACAAUCUGCCAAUCCUGUUCCUGAAUCAUACCAAGGCAGCAUGGCUAUGCAAGUUCCUUACACCACAAUUUCUCAGCCUGUUGGGAAUCGUCCUGAAGCUGUGCCAUUUGGUUAUGGAGGACCAGGCAGCACGGUGUCACAACCACUCCCUCAACAUAGUUCACAACGGCAGCCACAGCCCCCAACUAGUCAGAGCUCUUUUGGACUACCUCUGCAUAAGGGUGGUUAUGUGGGCCCUGCACCUUACACACCACCAUUGAAUGCUCAGAGUUACAACACGAUGUACAGCUACCCUCCAAGCAUUGUUUCAGCUGCCCAGAAUCCGCAACUGCCUUCUAGCAAUGUUGGGGGGGUCCAUCAUCCUGGCUUACAGCUGAUGCCCGCCCAGCCAUAUGGAGAAAUGAUUGAGAAAGCUGUUAGUAUGGGAUAUGCAAGGGAUCAUGCUGCUAGUGCGAUCCAGAGGAUGGGGGAGAGUGGUCAGCCUAUCGACUUCAAUUCCCUGCUUGAUAGGCUCAAUGGUCAAGCUGGGGGAGCAUCCCCACGAAUAUGGUCGGGCUAGCAGCGUGAUUUUCGUGCAGAAAUGGAGGCAUAAUCCUCAAGGAGGUGCUUUUUUUUUAAUGAUUCCUCCUAGUUAUCGGAUGUUUGAAAAUAAUCUUUUUAAGAGCAUGAUGGUUGUAAAAAUACUAGUGGCUCUUCAUAUAAGUGCUCUCUUAAUACUAGUGGUCUGCAUGAAUUUUGUCGGUGUUGUCAGAAUCACGAUGUAAAUUCAUGGUGAAUGCAAAAUUAUAACUUAGAGCAUGGUAGCAGUUGAUAUGAAGGGCUAUCAGCAUGGAUAUCUGUGUUUUGUAGUUUCCUUGAACCAUUUAAAUUGGAUU